AUGCAGGUGGUAAAAAUUAGACUGCAGCAGCAGAGAGGAUUGAGCCCUGAGCUUUUAAAGUAUAAGGGUCCUAUACAUUGUGCUCGACUGAUCAUCCAUGAAGAAGGCAUCCUUGGUCUCUGGUCAGGGGCUGCCCCAACUGUCAUGCGGAAUGGUAUAAACCAGGCUGCCAUGUUUACAGCCAAGAACUUUUUUGAUGGGAUCUUGUGGAAAAAACAUGACGGUGAUGGGAAGGUACUCCAACCAUGGCAGUCUAUGAUAUCUGGAUUUCUUGCGGGAACUGCUGGGCCUUGUUGUACUGGUCCAUUUGAUGUUGUAAAAACAAGGCUGAUGGCUCAAAGCCGGUCUGGGGGUGAGUUGAAGUACCGAGGUAUGUUUCAUGCUAUCUCAACAAUUUAUACAGAGGAAGGGCUACUUGCUUUGUGGAAGGGACUGCUGCCCCGGCUGAUGAGGAUCCCACCUGGCCAGGCCAUAAUGUGGGCAGUGGCUGACCAGGUGACUGGCUUUUACGAGAGAAGAUAUAUACAGAGGGCACCCUCAUAG